AUGUUCGUUCAAUUUCUGAUCGAUCAAGUCUUGUAUGUCUUUUACAAGAUAAUAGAUACAUUCCAACCACAAAGCAAAUACUGUGUUUUAGGAUAUUCAAAAACCCUUGUUUAUGAGUCAUCUGUAUUUAAAGAAUUACAAGAUUUAUUUAAAAAAUCAUUCGGAGAUGGCGAAUCAAGCAAAGAAAGUCUAGUUGAGACUCUAUAUUCAUAUAGUAUUGAAUUUCGUAAUUUUUAUAUGUGUUGCUAUGAUGAUGUCAUGAGCCAUGGUUACUUUACCAAUAAUGAAAUUUAUAACUAUUAUAUCAAGGGCAAUUCAGGAUUAAUUUUCACAAUCGAUUUCUCCCAACAAUUUGCUUUGGAUAUUGAGGAAUGGAAAAAUAGACUUUUUGUGUUGUUCUCUAUCAUACAUACACACUCCAAGAACAAAAUUCCAAUGUUAUUUAUUGUGUAUGGGAAUGAUUUGUGCAACAACAGUGACGUGCAACUCGUAACUAAAACACUGAAAGAAUUUAUUCAGCGAUGGUCGUAUGAAGAAUAUUCAUGCAUUGUUGAAAAAGAGAAAACUAAAGAUGGAGCUCUCUAUGAGGGAUUGGAAUGGCUCAUGAGUUUUAACAGUAAAUGA